AGCGACUGCCACAGGUUGCAAGGCUGGGUUUAGGAGCUGAAAGGCGGCGAAAGAAUUCAAGAUGCCACCCAACAUAAACUGGAAAGAGUUAAUCAAGGUUGACCCAGAUGACCUACCACGCCAAGAAGAGCUGGCAGAUAAUUUAUUGGUGUCCUUAUCCAAGGUGGAAGUCAACGAACUAAAAGAUGAAGAACAAGAAAAUGUGAUACAUCUAUUCAGAAUUACUCAGUCACUAAUGAAGAUGAAAGCUCAGGAAGUCGAGCUAGCUUUGGAAGAAGUCGAAAAGGCUGGAGAAGAACAAGCAAAAUUUGAAAAUCAAUUAAAGACAAAAGUAAUGAAACUGGAAAAUGAAUUGGAGAUGGCUCAGCAUUCUGCAGGUGGACGUGAUACUCGGUUUUUACGUGAUGAAAUUCGCCAACUUGAAAAACAAUUGGAACAGAAAGAUAGAGAAUUAGAGGAUAUGGAAAAAGAGCUCGAUAAAGAGAAGAAAGUUAAUGAACAAUUGGCUCUUCGAAACGAGGAGGCAGAAAAUGAAAACAGCAAAUUAAGAAGAGAGAAUGAACAGCUUCGUCAGGACAUUAUUGACUACCAGAAACAAAUAGAUUCACAAAAAGAGUCACUUCUCUCAAGGAGAGGAGAAGACAGCGACUACCGAUCACAGCUGUCUAAAAAGAACUACGAACUUGUUCAAUAUUUGGAUGAAAUUCAGACUUUAACGGAAGCUAAUGAGAAAAUUGAAGUUCAGAACCAAGAGAUGAGAAGAAAUCUAGAAGAGUCUGUCCAGGAGAUGGAGAAGAUGACUGAUGAGUACAACAGGAUGAAGGCUCUCGUGCACCAGACCGACACUGCUAUGGACCAGAUAAAGAAGGAGAACGAGCACUAUCGACUUCAAGUGCGAGAGCUCACAGAUCUUCUGAAAGCAAAAGAUGAAGAGGAUGACCCAGUCAUGAUGGCUGUCAGUGCAAAAGUGGAAGAAUGGAAGUUAAUUUUAUCUUCUAAAGAUGAUGAAAUCAUUGAAUAUCAGCAAAUGUUGCAUAAUCUGAGAGAGAAACUUAAAAAUGCCCAACUUGAUGCUGAUAAAAGUAACAUUAUGGCUCUGAAACAGGGUAUCCAGGAACGAGACAGUCAAAUUAAGAUGCUUACUGAACAGGUAGAACAGUAUACGAAAGAAAUGGAAAAAAAUACUUUUAUUAUUGAAGAUUUGAAAAAUGAGAUCAAGAAAGACAAAGGUACUUCAAACUUUCAUCAACAGACUCAUUAUAUGAAGAUUCACUCAAAAGUACAAAGUCUAGAAGAGAAGGCCAGAGAGGCUGAGAGAAUCGCCGACCUGGCUGAGGCUGAUGCCAGGGAGAAGGAUAAAGACUUGGCUGAGGCUUUGAAGAGAUUAAGAGAUUAUGAAUCUGGUGUAUAUGGCUUAGAAGAUGCUGUUAUUGAAAUAAAGAAUUGUAAAGCCCAAAUUAAAAUAAGAGAUGGAGAGAUUGAAGUAUUAACCAAGGAAAUCAAUAAACUCGAGAUGAAGAUCAAUGAUGUCCUUGAUGAAAACGAAGCCCUUAGAGAACAGGCUGGCCUUGAACCAAUGACAAUGAUUGAUUUGACUGAAUUUAGAAACAGUAAACGCUUAAAACAGCAGCAGUACAGAGCUGAAAACCAGAUACUUUUGAAAGAGAUUGAAAGUCUCGAGGAAGAACGACUCGAUUUGAAAAGAAAAAUUCGUCAAAUGGCUCAAGAAAGAGGAAAAAGGAAUGCAGCUUCAGGAUUAUCCAUGGAGGACUCGAACCUAACUGAAAAGUUUUCUCAGGAAGAUAAAAUAGGAGAAAGACAACUAAAUUUUAUGAGCCUCAAAAGCAUGAAUGAAACACAAUCAAAGAAUGAAUUUCUUUCAAGAGAACUAAUUGAAAAGGAAAGAGACUUAGAAAGAAGUAGGACAGUAAUUGCUAAAUUUCAGAAUAAAUUAAAAGAAUUAGUUGAAGAAAAUAAGCAACUUGAAGAAGGCAUGAAAGAAAUUUUGCAAGCUAUUAAGGACAUGCAGAAGGACCCUGAUGUGAAAGGAGGUGAAACAUCUCUAAUCAUCCCAAGUCUGGAAAGACUGGUUAAUGCUAUAGAAUCAAAGAAUGCAGAAGGAAUCUUUGAUGCCAGUUUGCAUUUGAAAGCCCAAGUUGAUCAACUUACAGGAAGGAAUGAAGAAUUAAGGCAAGAACUCAGGGAAUCUCGGAAAGAAACUAUAAAUUAUUCACAGCAGUUGUUAAAAGCAAACUUAAAGAUUGAUCAUCUUGAGAAAGAGACUGAUCUUCUCCGCCAGUCUGCAGGAGCUAAUGUAGUUUACAGAGGUGUAGACUUGCCUGAUGGGAUAGCACCGUCUAGUGCCCAUAUCAUCAAUUCCCAGAAUGAAUACUUAAUACAUCUUCUGCAGGAUCUGGACAAUAAAGAAAAGAAGUUAAAACAUUUAGAAGAUUCUCUUGAAGAUUAUAACAGAAAAUUUGCAGUAAUUCGUCAUCAACAAAGUUUAUUAUAUAAAGAAUAUCUAAGUGAAAAGGAGACUUGGAAAACAGAGUCUGAGACAACAAAAGAGGAGAAGAGAAAACUUGAGGAGCAAGUCCAGCAGGAUGCUGUGAGAGUGAAGGAGUACAAUAAUCUGCUCAGUGCCCUUCAGAUGGAUUCCAAUGAGAUGAAGAAAAUGCUUUCGGAAAACAGUAGGAAAAUCACCGUUUUGCAAGUGAAUGAGAAGUCCCUCAUAAGGCAGUAUACAACCCUAGUAGAAAUGGAGCGGCAGCUUAGAAAAGAAAACGGGAAGCACAAGAAUGACUUAGUGUCAAUGGAAGCUGAAGUUACUGAAAAAAUUGGAAGUUUGCAAAGAUUUAAGGAAAUGGCUACCUUCAAAAUUGCAGCUCUCCAGAAAGUUGUAGAUAAUAGUGUCUCUUUGUCUGAACUUGAACUUGCCAAUAAACAAUACAAUGAACUAACUGCUAAGUACAGGGACAUACUGCAGAAAGAUAACAUGCUUGUUCAGAGAACAAGUAACUUAGAACACCUGGAGUGUGAAAAUGCAUCUUUAAAAGAACAAAUGGACGCCAUAAGUAAAGAGCUGGAGAUUACAAAGGAGAAGCUGCACACCAUUGAACAAGCCUGGGAACAAGAAACUAAAUUAGGUAAGAAUGAAUCAAACAUGGAUAGCAAGAAAUCAAUGACAAAUAGUGACAUUGUUUCUAUUUCCAAAAUAACUGUGUUGGAGAUGAAGGAAUUAAAUGAAAGGCAGAGAGCUGAACACUGUCAGAAAAUGUAUGAACACCUGAGGACCUCAGUAAAACACAUGGAAGAACGGGAAUUUUUGAAUUGGAAACAAAUUCACUGACUUACCAAAAUCCACCUGGAUGCCCAGAAGGUGGAGCAGAUGCUGAGAGACGAACUAGCUGAAAGUGUGAGCAAGGCCGUGAGCGAGGCUGAUAGACAGCGCAUUCUCGAGUUAGAGAAGAAGGAGGUGGAGCUCAAAGUUGAAGUGUCUAAACUGAGAGAGAUUUCUGAUAUUGCCAAAAGACAAGUUGAGUUUUUGAAUACGCAGCAACAGUCCAGGGAAAAGGAAGUGGAAUCCCUCAGAAUGCAGCUUCUGGACUACCAGGCACAAUCUGAUGAAAAGGCGCUAAUUGCCAAACUGCACCAACAUGUUGUCGCUCUUCAGAGGAGUGAGGCCACUGCUCUUGGUAAAUUGGAGUCGGUUACAUCUAAACUCCAGAAAGUGGAGGCCUACAAUUUGCGCCUAGAGCAGAAACUGGAUGAGAAAGAGCAGACUCUCUACUACGCUCGCCUGGAAGGCAGAAACAGAGCAAAACACCUGCGCCAAACCAUUCAGUCUCUGCGAAGACAGUUCAGUGGUGCCUUACCCCUGGCCCAGCAGGAAAAGUUCUCAAAAACGAUGAUUCAGCUGCAGAAUGACAAAUUGAAGAUAAUGCAAGAAAUGAAAAGUUCUCAACAAGAGCACAGGAAUAUGGAAAACAAAACACUGGAGAUGGAAUUAAAAUUAAAAGGCUUGGAAGAAUUGAUAAGUACUUUAAAGGAUGCCAGGGGAGCCCAAAAGGUAAUCAAUUGGCAUGUCAAAAUAGAAGAGCUUCGCCUUCAAGAACUUAAACUAAACAGAGAACUAGUCAAGGGUAAAGAAGAAAUCAAAUACUUGAAUAAUAUCAUCUCUGAAUAUGAGCAGACCAUCAACAGUCUCGAGGAAGAAAUCGUUCAGCAGAGCAAGUUUCACGAAGAAAGACAAAUGGCUUGGGAUCAAAGAGAAGUUGAGCUGGAACGCCAACUAGACAUUUUUGACCGUCAGCAAAAUGAAAUACUCAGUGCAGCACAAAAGUUUGAAGAGGCUACAGGAUCAAUGCCAGACCCCAACUUGCCCCUUCCAAACCAACUUGAAAUUGCUCUAAGAAAAAUUAAGGAAAAUAUUCGAACAAUUCUUAAAACACAAGCAACUUGCAAGUCACUAGAAGAGAAGCUACAAGAAAAAGAAUCUGCUUUAAUUACGGUUGGCAGAGCAACAUAUUCUGGUCAAGAGACAAAGUAAUCAAUGCAACUCCGGCUCCAGAUGCCUGCCACAGCUUGACUCGAUGAGAAACUGUAUAGACUGAGCUUUGACAGAAAAGAGUGGAAACCAAAAUCCUCAGCACCAACAAUGAAAAUCGCCCAACGACCAUUGCUAACCAUGCAGGCAAGGUUAAAUCAGAAGGAAGAAGUCCUGAAGAAAUACCAGCAUCUUCUGGAAAGAGCCAGAGAGGAGCAAAGAGAAAUUGUUAAGAAGCACGAGGAAGACCUUCAUGUCCUUCAUCAUAAAUUAGAACUACAGGCUGAGAAUUCACUCAAUAAAUUCAAGCAGACUGCCCAGGAUUUACAAACCAGUCCUCCUGGUCCAGUACCCCCAACAAGGCAUUUCAUCCGUCUGGCCGAGAUGGAGCAGACAGUAGCAGAACACAGAUGACUCUCUGGCCUCACUUCUAACAAACUAAAGAAAGUAUCAAACGAUUUGGAAAGACAAAAAGAAAUUACUGAGUUAAAAGUCAGAGAAUUUGAAAACGUCAAAUUACGGCUUCAGGAGAACCAUGCAGGGGAGGUGAAGAAAGCGCAGGGAGAAGUGGAGGACUUAAGGCGUGCUCUUGUCCAAGCACAGAAGGAGGCUCACAGUUUGAAGUCUGAACUCCAGGCUCAGAAAGAAGCAAACUCAAGAGCUCCCACAACCACAAUGAGGAAUCUAGUGGACAGGCUAAAGAGCCAACUGGCCUUGAAGGAGAAGCAACAAAAGGCACUUAGUCGAGCCCUGUUGGAACUCCGGGCCGAAAUGACAGCUGCAGCUGAAGAACGUAUUAUUGCCGUAACUUCUCAGAAAGAGGCAAAUCUCAACGUCCAGCAGGUUGUUGAUCGACAUACGAGAGAGCUAAAAUCACAAAUUGAAGAUUUAAAUGAAAAUCUUUUAAAUUAAAAGAAGCUCUUAAAAACAAGUUAAAAAUAAAGAAAUUCUCUAGCUGACGACUUAAAUGAUUUAAAUAAUGAACUGCAAAAAAAGCAAAAAGCUUAUAAUAAAAUCCUUAGAGAGAAAGAUGGAAUUGAUCAAGAAAAUGACGAACUGAGAAGACAGAUUAAAAGACUGUCCAGUGGGCUACAGAGCAAAUCUCUGCUAGAUAAUAAGCAAAGCUUGAUUGAUGAACUUCAAAAAAAAGUUAAAAAACUGGAAAGCCAACUGGAAAGAAAGAUGGAUGACGUCGACAUAAAACCAGUGAAGGAAAAGAGUGCUAGAGAAGAAUUAAUUAGGUGGGAAGAAGGUAAAAAAUGGCAAACCAAAGUAGAGGGAAUGCGCAGCAAAUUAAAAGAGAAAGAAGGAGAAGUCCACAGUCUAACGAAGCAGCUGAAUACUUUGAAGGAGCUUUUUGCCAAAGCUGAUAAAGAGAAACUUACACUGCAGAAGAAACUGAAAACUACAGGCAUGACUGUUGAUCAGGUUUUAGGAGUGCGAGCCUUGGAGUCGGAGAAAGAGCUGGAAGAGUUAAAAAAGAGGAAUGUGGACUUAGAGAAUGACUUGCUACACUUGAGGACCCACCAAGCUCUUCCACGAGAUUCUGUUGUGGAAGACUUACAUUUACAAAAUAAAUACCUUCAAGAAAAACUUCGUACUUUAGAAAAACAGCUUUCAAAGGAUGCAUAUCCUCAGUCCUUGACUUCAGAAAUAGAGUCAGAUGAUCAUUAUCAAAAGAACAAGAACUGCAGAAAGAAAAACUUGAAGUUGUCAUCUGAAAAUAUUGAGCUGAAAUUUCAAAUUGAACAAGCAAAUAAAGAUUUGCCAAGACUAAAGAAUCAAGUAAGAGAUUUAAAAGAAAUGUGCGAAUUUCUUAAGAAAGGAAAAAUGGAAGUGGAACGGAAACUUGGUCAGGUCAGAGGGUCUGGUAGAAGUGGAAAGACAAUUCCAGAGCUAGAAAAAACUAUUGGGUUAAUGAAGAAAGUAGUUGAAAAAGUCCAAAGAGAAAAUGAACAAUUGAAAAAAGCAUCAGGAAUAAUGACUAGUGAAAAAAUGACUAACCUUGAAGAAGAAAAUGAAAAAUUAAAGACUGAAUUAGAAAAGCUUAAAGCUCACUUUGGACAUCAGUUGAGUACACAAUAUGAAUCCAAGAACAAAGGCACCGAGAAAAUUGUUGCCGAAAAUGAACGGCUUCGGAAAGAACUUAAGAAAGAAAUGGAAGCUUCCGAGAAACUGCGGAUCGCUAAGCACAGCUUAGAGCUGGUCAAUGACAAGAUGUCAGUUCAACUCGAAGAGAUGGCCAAGAGAUUACAGUUUGCAGAAAAGAGAGGGCCGCAGCUGGAAGGUGCUGACAGCAAGAGCUGGAAGUCAAUUGUGGUUACGAGAAUGUAUGAGACCAAGAUGAAAGAGUUUGAAAGUGAUAUUGCCAAAAAGAAUCAAAGUAUAAUUGACCUUAAACAGCUUGUACGGGAAGCAACAGAGAGAGAACAGAAAGCUAAGAAACACACAGAAGAUCUUGAACAACAGAUUGAGAUGCUCAAAAAUGUUCCUGAAGGUGUGGAGACAGAUGAAGGGCUUAUGCGAGAACUCCAGCGCCUUAGAUUAACCAAUAGUCAGCUGGAUAAAGAAAAGGCUGAAUUAAUCCAUCAGAUAGAAGUUAACAAGGACCAAACUGGAGCUGGAAGCAGCACACCUGAUUCUGAUCAACUAAAGGAAAAGAUAAGUGACCUGGAGACACAGCUCAGAAAGUCAGACCUAGACAAGCAACAUUUGAUGGAGGAAAUUAAAAAGCUGAAAAAAGAACUGGAGAAUUUUGAUCCUUCGUUCUUUGAAGAAAUUGAAGACCUGAAGUACAACUAUAAGGAAGAAGUGAAGAAGAAUAUUCUGUUAGAGGAGAAGUUAAAAAAGCUUUCUGAGCAGUUUGGAUUUGAAUUACCUAGUCCUGUUGCUACUUUUGAACAGACGGAAGAUAGAGAAAGUCCUAAUAAUUUCCCUAUUUAUUAAAGACCACAUUUAACUAUAGAUUUAAAAUUAUUUUGUAAGUUAAAAAAAUUUCAGCUGGAAAUCAAGGAGUCUCUGAACUACAGAAUUCACCUCUUAAAAUACUGUAUUUUUGUUUAAAGUCAUAUUUAGUUUUAACUUGGUAGAAAAGUAUAUUUUUGAAGAUGUGAAUUAUUUAUUGCUAUCCAAUGUACAAUGAGCUAUGAUAUUCCUAUUUUUAUAAUGUCUUAAAUUUUCUAAAAGCAUAAAGAUAAGCUUUUAACAAUUUUACCAUUUAAAAUUGAAGUUUCAGAUGUAAUUAUUUUAUAGUUUUAUGUUAAGAUAUUCAAAUCCUUUGAUUUUGAUAAACAGAUACAUAAAUGUUUAUAAGUUAUAACAUUUUGCCAAAUAGCUAGCAAAAUUAAAUAGAACCUUGAGUUAUUUUAUCUUCUGUAAACAUAGCAGACUCUUCAAUAUUAGAAAACUGCAAUAAUCCCAACUAUAUUUACAUUUUAUACAUCAAAUAUUAUAUCUUUGAGCCUAUCAAAUUUCUGUUUAUCUAUUUUUGAAAACUGACUAAACAAACACUCUUUAUCAAAAGCAUAACCAUAUUUGUUUAGGUUCAUGUUAAUAAUAACUGGUUUGGAGUUCAUGUAAGUAUCAGGAAGAGGCCAGCACAGACCAAGAUGAUGGCGAUGGACCUGUAAGGGGGAGAAGUGUAAACAGAAUAUUAAUCUACCUGUAAAUACUGCUAAUACAGGUACUGUAUGUACUGUAAAUACAGGUACAAUGUAAGGGUCUGCCUUAUAUUAUUCUUAAUUAAAUGUCAUAGCUGUUCUUUUGACAUAGUGCUGUCUAUCUUCACCAUUAGAAUAUGAAUUUUCCUGGAGGCAGAACAUUGUUUUGUUAACUCUGCGAGUACCUGAAAAUGCCAGGAACAUAAUCAGGGGCUCCUCCAAAAUUUAAUAGAUAUAAUAAGUCUGUUGGUGAAUAUAGCAAAAAAAGAAAAAUGUGAGGCAGAGUCUAGCAUUCCCAAAGGGAGUAAGUGGUAGUUGGUUAGGACACUGUUGUGUAGCUGUUUCCUCCACAUGAAAACGUCCCCUCCGGAGGGAGGCUCUUUAAGACUCUCGGUGAGUUUGCAGAGGCGCUACCACAGGACAGCCAGCUACCCAGGAUGCUCAGGGUGUUCCCAGGACACUGCUUUGUGAGUCAGCACUCAAGCUGGGGAGGACUUGAGUGAUUGAUCGUGAUUGAUCCUUAUUGAUCCUCCUUCUUCUGGGUCCUCCGUGCUCCUUGUAAGCAGCUCCUUCCCAGAUUCCUGUUACCCCAACAAAGCUCACUAAGGUCCGCUAAGGAAUCCUUUCUUUGGUCUAUCCUCAGCACAUUAUCUGUGGCAAGUGUUUGUUCAUAGGGUCUACAACACAUGACAGACAUGACAGACAGACAAUUAUGUUUUCAUAGAUGGUAAUGAAAAGCAGUUAGGGGGAGUUAAGAAGGGGCCAUUCCAUGGGAAGGCUCAACAUACCUAGCAGCAUUAUGCAGAAGAAAUAAUGUUCAUUUGUGAAGAAUGAGCACAAUGGGUGAAAUGAACGAUGAAUGCUUUAGGGAGGGCAAUGUAGUAACUCAAGCAGGACGCUUGGCCUAAAUUACAAUGAGCACCUAGCUGAGUGUAAAGAACAGAUUCAGUAGAUUAGACUUCUCAAGAACUGAACACUAGAGGCAUAAAGUAAUGGGAGGAAGGCUUAAAAAUAAUGAGUCCAGGUUUCUAAUUUCAGUGAAUAUGGGGAGCAGGAGUCCUAAGAACAGAUUCAGUUUUGAACAUUAUGAAUUUCAUAUACCAGGGAGAAACAGACAAGUCCAGGGAAAAGGGCACAAAGCAUAAGACAGUUCAUCCUGUGUAAGUUACUACAUUGCACGUUUUUACUGAACUCCCUACUAAGUACAGGAAGUGCUGAGUGAAAGUCGGCUCCGAAUGUCUCGGAGAACACAGUGGGUCACAGGAGCCCCAGGAGGGGAAUGCAUUAUCACUGUAACUCCAAAGCAUAUCCUGGACAGCCAGUGCCCGGCCGAACGCCACCACUGUACACAGUGCUGUCUGCCCCUUCCCAUCAACUCAGUUCUGUUUUAGCCCAUAAGAAUUAUAGGGAAUUAUACUAACUGCAGGCCAGAACGGAUAAAGUCUAUCCAGAGUC